GGAGAAGGUGGUGGUGGAGGUGGCGGUGGAUAUCUUCCAGCACUGUACCUUCCGAAUCCUAUGCAUUUUAUUUUUUGCCCACCCUCUUCAAAUACCUUUUUUUUUGCUGCUCUUUCCUUGGAAGUGAAUUGCUGAUGCAAAUUGAAUGGGGAUUUUACACUUUAAUGAUGCAGCAGGAUUCAUUUCGGGAUUAUGUUGCAUGAUCUGAAUUUUGAAUGAAGGAGGAGACCUUUUAAAAUCUGUCUAUAUAUGAGAGGAGCGUGGGGUUCAAGGGUUGGCUUCCUUUUUUAAUUAAUAUUAUUAUUAUUUAAAUGUAUAAAGUAUAUAUUUUUUGUUCUUUUAAAUGUAUUAAAAGAUAUUUUUAGGGUAAUUAUUUUUCUUUAAUAUUCUGUAUAUAUUAUAUAUGUGUGUGGAAAAACUGACCAAGAUACAGUUUUCGACUGGGGAUUCUGAGAUGGAUUAUACGUUCAAGGCCAUCACUGAAGCACUGACUUUUUAAAAUACUUUUUAGAGACUGAAAUACAUUUUAAAGUUUUAGAUUUUUCAAAUAAUAAUAAAGACAAGAAUCCCUUUAGAAAAAAACUGAAGCAAUCAUGUCUGGAGAAGUGCGCUUGAGACAGCUGGAACAAUUUAUCUUGGAUGGGCCAACUCAGACAAAUGGGCAGUGCUUUAGUGUGGAAACCUUGCUGGAUAUACUCAUCUGCCUUUAUGAUGAAUGUAAUAAUUCACCCUUGCGGAGGGAAAAGAAUAUUCUGGAGUAUCUAGAAUGGGCCAAGCCUUUCACUUUUAAAGUGAAACAGAUGCGACUGCAUAAAGAAGACUUUGAAAUCUUGAAGGUGAUUGGCCGAGGAGCCUUCGGGGAGGUUGCUGUAGUCAAGUUGAAAAAUACAGAUAAGGUAUUUGCCAUGAAAAUACUAAAUAAAUGGGAGAUGCUGAAAAGAGCUGAGACAGCUUGUUUUCGAGAAGAGAGGGAUGUAUUAGUGAAUGGGGAUAACCAGUGGAUUACAACAUUGCACUAUGCCUUCCAGGAUGAAAACUAUUUAUACCUGGUUAUGGAUUACUAUGUUGGUGGUGACCUGCUUACCUUGCUCAGUAAAUUUGAGGACCGGUUACCUGAAGAGAUGGCUCGCUUUUAUUUGGCUGAAAUGGUGAUAGCAAUUGAUUCUGUACAUCAGCUACAUUAUGUCCACAGGGAUAUCAAGCCAGACAACAUCUUAAUGGAUAUGAACGGACAUAUUCGGUUAGCAGAUUUCGGCUCAUGUCUAAAACUGAUGGAAGAUGGAACGGUUCAGUCUUCAGUGGCAGUUGGAACACCAGACUAUAUUUCUCCAGAAAUUCUGCAGGCCAUGGAAGAUGGAAAAGGAAAGUAUGGCCCUGAAUGUGAUUGGUGGUCCCUUGGCGUUUGCAUGUAUGAAAUGCUUUACGGAGAAACUCCCUUUUAUGCGGAGUCCUUAGUGGAGACCUAUGGAAAGAUCAUGAACCAUAAAGAGAGGUUUCAGUUUCCUGUCCAAGUGGCGGAUGUAUCUGAACAUGCAAAAGACCUAAUUCGUAGGCUCAUCUGCAGCAGAGAACACAGACUUGGACAGAAUGGGAUAGAAGAUUUUAAGAACCACCCAUUCUUUGCAGGGAUUGACUGGGAUAACAUUCGAAACUGUGAAGCACCUUACAUCCCUGAAGUUAGCAGUCCAACGGAUACAUCAAACUUUGAUGUGGAUGAUGAUUGUUUAAAGAAUUCUGAGACAAUGCCCCCACCAACACAUACUGCAUUUUCGGGCCAUCAUCUGCCAUUUGUAGGAUUCACAUACACAAGUAACUGUGUCCUUUCGGAUUGCAGUAGUUUAAGAUUUGCUGCUGGGCAACCUGCUGUGGACCUUGAUGCCACCGUUCAAAGGACACUUGAGGAUACCUUAGCCACAGAGGCAUAUGAGAGGCGAAUAAGACGCCUGGAACAGGAAAAACUUGAACUUAGUAGAAAACUUCAAGAGUCUACGCAGACAGUCCAGGCCCUACAUUACUCAACUGUAGACGGUCCUUUAACAGCAAGCAAAGACUUAGAAAUUAAAAGCCUAAAAGAAGACAUUGAAAAGCUGCAAAAACAGGUGACUGAUUCUGGACAACUUGAACAGCAACUUGAAGAGGCCAGUUCUGCAAGACGAGAAUUAGAAGAUGCUGCUCGACAAAUCAAAACAUUUGAGAAGCAAAUCAAAGCACUAAAACAAGAGAAGGAUGAUCUUAAUAAGGAACUGAUUGAGUCUAGCGAAAGGUUAAAGACCCAAACCAAAGAGCUGAAAGAUGCACACAGUCAACGGAAGCUGGCCAUGCAGGAAUUUUCUGAAAUGAAUGAGCGCCUUACUGACUUGCAUUCACAGAAACAGAAACUUACCCGUCAAGUCAGAGAUAAAGAAGAGGAGAUGGAAGUGGUGAUGCAAAAGGUGGAAAGCUUGAGGCAAGAGCUACGCAGAACAGAGAGAAUGAAAAAGGAACUGGAAGUUCAUGCUGAGGCUGCAGCUGCUGAGGCAUCCAAGGACAGGAAAUUGCGUGAACGAAGUGAGCAGUACUCUAAACAGCUGGAAAAUGAGUUAGAAGGACUAAAGCAGAAGCAAAUUGGUCACUCUCCGGGGAUGAGCAGCACAGAACAUCAACAAGAGAUCACCAAAUUAAAGGCUGAUUUGGAAAAGAAGAGUGUUUUUUAUGAGGAGGAGCUAGCCAAAAGAGAACUGAUACAUCGUAAUGAAAUAAAAAACCUGAAGAAAGAACUGCGCGAUGCAGAGAGCCAACAGCUUUCUCUUAAAAAGGAGAUCCUGAUCUUGAAAGACAAGUUAGAAAAGACAAGGAGAGAAAGCCAAAGCGAAAGAGAAGAAUUUGAAACUGAGUUCAAACAGAAAUAUGAACGAGAGAAGAUCCUGCUGACGGAGGAGAACAAAAAGCUUUCCAGUGAGCUUGAUAAGCUUACGGCUAUAUAUGAAAGACUUACUAUGAAUAACCGGCAGUUGGAAGAAGAAAUGAGAGAUCUUGCUGACAAAAAAGAAUCUGUAGCACACUGGGAGGCCCAGAUUACUGAGAUCAUCCAGUGGGUGAGCGAUGAAAAAGAUGCUCGAGGCUAUCUUCAAGCCUUAGCCUCCAAAAUGACAGAAGAACUAGAGGCCCUGAGGAAUUCCAGUUUAGGUGCAAGAGCAACAGACAUGCCCUGGAAGAUGCGCCGCUUUGCAAAACUAGAUAUGUCUGCGAGGUUAGAACUACAGUCAGCCUUGGAUGCAGAAAUACGAGCCAAACAAGCAAUUCAGGAGGAGCUGAAUAAAGUCAAAGCUUGCAAUAUUGCAACAGAAUGUAAACUACAGGAGUCUGACAAGAAGAACUCUGAGCUGUUGGCAGAAAUAGAGAAACUGAAAAAAGAGACAGAAGAACUGAGAUCUGAAAAGGGUGUAAAGCACCAAGACUCACAGAAUUCUUUCUUGGCAUUUUUGAAUGCUCCUACCUCUGCUCUGGAUCAAUUUGAAGAUUCCCUUUCUUCUUCAUCAUCCUCAUUGAUUGAUUUUAUGGAUGACCGCUCUCCUUCCUGUAUUCCAGCUCACAAAGGCAGACGUAUUGAUUCUGUUGAAAAUUUUACCUUAUCUAAUACGCCUUCACGGGAUGAAGAUAUCAAGUGUCACCUUCAUUCAAGAUCUAGGUCCCCUUCCACAGCUAGUGACAUUGAACCAAUUGAGGUUUCAGAUCAUCCUUUGCGUCCAGUUCACACACCAACCAUGAGAUCACCAUAUAUUGGUUCAGGACUCUCUGUGCCAAAGCCUAAGGCCCAUCAGUUUGUAGUGAAAUCCUUUAAUACCCCUACAAAAUGUAAUCAGUGCACAUCUUUGCUGGUUGGCUUAAUAAGGCAGGGCUGUACUUGCGAAGUAUGUGGAUUUUCAUGCCAUGUGACCUGUGCAGAUAAGGCACCAGCAGUUUGUCCUAUCCCACCUGAACAGACAAAGGGUCCUUUGGGGAUUGACCCACAGAAAGGCAUAGGAACUGCUUAUGAAGGGCAUGUCCGAGUCCCUAAACCAGCUGGAGUGAAGAAAGGGUGGCAGAGAGCACUGGCUGUUGUUUGUGACUUCAAGCUCUUCCUUUAUGAUAUUGCAGAGGGAAAAGCAUCCCAGCCCAGUGUGGUAGUCAGUCAGGUGCUUGAUAUGAGGGAUGAAGAAUUCUCAGUGAGUUCAGUCUUGGCUUCUGAUGUCAUCCAUGCAAAUAGAAAAGAUAUUCCCUGUAUCUUUAGAGUGACAGCUUCCCAGCUAUCGGCAUCCAGUAACAAGUGUUCAAUCCUGAUCCUGGCGGAUAGUGAGAAUGAAAAGAGCAAAUGGGUAGGAGUCCUGAAUGAGUUACACAGGAUUUUAAAGAAGAACAAGCUCAAGGAUCGUUCAGUCUAUGUUCCCAAAGAGGCCUACGACAGCACCUUGCCCCUCAUUAAAACGACACAGGCAGCAGCAAUCAUAGAUCAUGAAAGAAUAGCUCUGGGAAAUGAAGAAGGAUUAUUUGUUGUACAUGUCACCAAGGAUGAGAUAAUUCGCGUCGGUGACAAUAAAAAAGUUCAUCAGAUUGAGCUCAUCCCCAAUGAACAGCUUAUAGCCGUGAUCUCAGGACGAAACCGCCACGUACGGCUAUUCCCUAUGACAGCUCUGGACGGACGAGAGACUGAGUUUUAUAAACUGGCAGAGACUAAAGGUUGUCAGACUAUAGUUUCAGGACAAGUGCGCCAUGGAGCCCUUACUUGCUUGUGCGUGGCGAUGAAAAGACAAGUCCUCUGUUACGAACUAAAUCACAGCAAGACACGUCACAAAAAGAUUAAAGAGAUCCAAGUGGCUGGGAACGUCCAGUGGAUGGCAAUCUUUAGUGAGCAGCUCUGUGUGGGCUACCAGUCAGGAUUCUUAAAAUACCCUUUGCAUGGAGAAGGAAACCCACACAGCUUGCUUCACCCCGAUGAUCACACAUUGUCGUUCAUUGCACAACAGCCGUCUGAUGCCAUCUGUGCAGUGGAGAUCUCAAAUAAGGAAUACCUGCUGUGUUUUAGCAGCGUGGGGGUUUAUGUGGACUGCCAGGGCCGAAGGUCUAGGCAACAGGAACUAAUGUGGCCUGCGACUCCUUCUUCUGCCUGUUACAAUGCCCCAUACCUCUCAGUAUACAGUGAAAAUGCGGUUGAUAUAUUUGAUGUGAAUUCCAUGGAGUGGAUUCAGACUAUCCCCCUCAAGAAGGUACGCCCUUUAAACACAGAAGGAUCACUAAACCUCCUGGGACUAGAAACAGUUCGAUUAAUAUAUUUCAAAAACAAGAUGGCAGAGGGUGAUGAGCUGGUAGUUCCGGAGACUUCAGACAACAGUAGGAAGCAAAUGGUCCGAAAUAUCAACAAUAAGCGGCGUUACUCCUUCAGAGUGCCCGAGGAGGAGAGAAUGCAGCAGAGGAGGGAGAUGCUCCGAGAUCCAGAAAUGAGAAAUAAAUUAAUUUCUAAUCCAACCAACUUCAACCACAUAGCGCACAUGGGCCCAGGAGAUGGUAUACAGAUCCUCAAAGACCUGCCGAUGCUAAGGUCCCCUUGUCCAUCCCCUCUUCAUCAAUCCUGUCUCAUCUCUUCUCCAAGCAACUUCGAGCACAUCUAUCACAUGACUGUUAAUUCUGCUGAAAAUUUCCUCUCCCAUGAUUCCGUAAACCCUGCAUAUCCCCCACCUCUACGCUCUGUCCCUCGUACACCAGUUAUGAAUCUAAGGAACCUUCGACCCCAGGAAAGUCGGACCAUGUUUAGUGGCUCUGUCAGUAUCCCAUCGAUUACAAAAUCUCGGACUGAGCCAGGACGUUCCAUGAGUGCUAGCAGUGGCUUGGCAGCAAGAUCGUCUGCACAAAAUGGCAGCGCUUUGCGGAGGGAAUUCUCAGGAGGUAGCUAUGGAGCCAAACGUCAGCCGAUGGCGUCCCCUUCAGAUGGCUCCCUGUCCUCUGGUGGUUUGGAUCAGGGCAGUGAUGCACCAGUGAGGGACUAUGAACGAGAGGACUCUGACUCUCCAAGACAUUCAACGGCAUCUAACAGCUCCAACCUGAGCAGCCCUCCCAGCCCCAUCUCUCCUCACAAGACUAAGAGCCUCUCCCUGGAGAGCUCCGACCACGUGAGUUGGGACACAUGAACUGCUCCAGCGUUCAGAUUUGACACCUCAGCAGCUUGUUGUCCUCCAUGACUCUCCGUUUGUUCUCACUGACU